UUGUCUUCAUCUGUCAGUCUGUGGAAUCGAAUACACUCUGCACCCUACUAAGCUAGUUCCGUGAGUCUUCGUCUUCGGUUCCAUUGCAAGUCCGGAACCAUCGCCGAACGUAGGCUACACCAGCGACAGCCCUCUCCAGUUCAUCAACGUUCGUUUCACAUCCCAUCCACAUACGAUGGCCGCCGGAACCAGCUUCGACGUGAACAAGUACAAAACCUUCUACGAGUGCGACGAGCACUGGGAACUGCGCCGUAUGUUCAUGGAACGCCACAAGGAUCGGUUCUCCGAGGAUGAGCUGGUUUGCCUGGCGCAGGUGUUCACCAACGUGGAGUUUCUGGGCUGUCGCUAUCCGGCGGAAACGAUGACCCUGAUCGCGGAACUUUCCAAGGACGUGGCCGCCGAGUAUCGGCAGUCGCGCGAAACCAAACUCAAGCGAACGUUUGUGGCGGCUUCGGAUGCGGCGGCGGCAAGAUAUGCCAAGAAGUAGGAGCUGUGGAUGUAUUCAAUAUAUUUUUUAAGUAAUAGACUAUUCCACUCAA